GCUGCUUCGUUCAUGUUGAAUGUCGAAUAUCGUUUUGUCUAGACUGGAUCGGCACGAAGACGCCACGGUGAAGCCCACGUCGAUCUAUUCCGGGUGCAGCAUCUACCCCACCACUCACCCGCUCGUGAAGCUCCAGCAUACAACUCCAACAUGAAUUAUAUUCAAUCAAUUCCUUGAAGAAGAAGAAGGACUUGCCUUGACUUGUUGUCUUUAGUGCUCUGCUCCAACGAGCAAGCCUGCACAUCACCACCACCGCCUUGCCACCUGAACUUACUCCACACGCACGUCAAGUAACGCACGAGAAGCUACCAAGUACAGACACGAACACCAAUCCAUCUUCUCCCACUCUCCGCGCAAUACAGCCCUCACAAUGGACCGCCGCCGCACCCCAGGCCUCUCCUCGCUCUCCUCGACGCGCCUCCAAAACCACCACUACACAGCCCACGGCGCCACCCUGCGCACCCGCAACACGGCCUCGCUCGAAACCCAACUCGCCGUCUUCCAAUCGCUCCUCCACAACUUUGCCCUCACGCACUCCAAAGACAUACGAGCGAACCCCGCCUUCCGCGCCGAAUUCGCACGCAUGUGCACCGCGCUGAACAUUGAUUUCCUCGCGUCGAGCCAUCACAGGGACAACAAGGCAGGUGCUGGGUCUGGUGCUACACCAACUGCAAGCGGUGGUGGUGGAGGAGAGAGUAUAUGGGCGCAAUUGCUAGGCGGGAGUGUAAACGACUUCUACUUCAACCUAGGCGUGCUGAUCGUCGAGGAGUGCCGGGCUACGCGCGCGGAAAACGGCGGCCUGAUCAGCGUGUCGGAUCUCAAAGCGCGGAUAUCAAAGUCCCAGCGCAUAGGCGGGAGCAUGGAGGUGAGCGACGACGAUGUCAAGCGCGCUGUCGACUCGCUCGCGCCACUUGGCUCGUGUUUCUCCAUCAUGAAGAUUGGGCAUAGGAGCUUGAUACGCAGUGUGCCCAAGGAACUGAAUACAGAUCAGAGUACGGUUUUGGAGGCGAUACAGAUCCUGGGCUACGUGACUGUGUCGAUGCUGCAGCUCAAUCUGAGUUGGGAGCGCCCGAGGGCACAUGCUGUGGUCGAGGAUCUCAUGGCCGACAGCUUGGUUUGGGUCGACACACAAGCCGGCGAGAACGAAUACUGGAGCCCGGCAUUCAUCACCUUGGCGGGCAUUGGGGCAUAGAGAACGUGGAUGGAUUUUGGGGGACUGUAAAUAGAAAGUUUGAUUUGAUACCCGGCGGUCAUCGCCACACCUUAGCAUAGCCUUUGAGCAAGACUUCAGCACACAAAACUCUGUUUGAACGAAAACAACACUAUUGUUAUAGAGAGCAUUGGGGCUUGGGAAGACAAAGACCUAACCCUAUCUACCUUACUUAAAGCGAUCCCCCUCACAGUGCUGGCCCUUGACAUAGAAGAAACAUGCAACCAUAACAAGUGGGCAAUAGCUAUGCAUGUAGUGGUAGACACAUGAAAGUUCAACCAUAUGCUAAGACAACGUUGAUCAUGUACUUUUGAUUCAUGCACUCAGACCCUAUUCGCCGCCAAUGACCCUGCACUUCCUAACACGAAAGCGCCACUC